UCUCUCUUCUCUCUCUCUCUCUCUCUGUGGCCGGCUCAUUUGGUCCGGAAUCGUGUGUUCCUGUCAUACCCACCAUCGCAGCGAGCACGCUCUUGAGUUGGUGAGAGCCCCACAGUUUGAUCGGUCAAGUCGGUGAAUUUAAAGCCUGUACCUUUCCCCCAGGUUGAACACCCUGCAGAGCCCAAAACCCACAGAAGCAGAAGCAGCAGCAGUGGAAAGAAGGAAGAAGAGGAAGGAGGAGGAAGAAAUCGAGAUGGGUGAGGGUAAGGUGUUCACUUUGGCUGAAGUGUCCGAGCACAACAAUUCCAAGGACUGCUGGAUCGUAAUUGAUGGAAAAGUUUAUGAUGUGACCAAGUUCCUGGAAGACCAUCCUGGUGGCGAUGAGGUUUUGUUGUCCGCAGUAGGGAAAGAUGCCACUGAUGAUUUUGAAGAUGUCGGCCAUAGCAGCAGUGCCAGAGCAAUGAUGGACGAGUACCUUGUCGGGGACAUUGACUCUUCGACUAUCCCCACGAAAAGAGCCUACACUCCUCCGAAGCAGCCUCACUACAACCAAGACAAGACGUCGGAGUUCAUCAUAAAGCUCCUCCAGUUCCUAGUUCCCCUUGCAAUCUUGGGUCUGGCUUUCGGCAUCCGCUUCUACACCAAAUCGACCUAAAUUAAAGUCCUGAUGGCACUAAAUCAUUUCAGAGUUAGACAUUUAAAAUUCAGCUAAGGAACUGCUCUAGUUGCCUUCCCAGAUGGACCUGAUCACUGUCGUGAAUUACUAGUGUUCAGUGUACUUUUGAAUGUUGCUUUCCGUCAUAUUAAAGUGAGAAAAAUACCUUUUCAUCCGUUUUUUACCCCUGACGUGAUGAAUGCGCUUUGUUU